UGCCUGCCUGACAACCAUCGGACAUUUAAGAUUGGGAAGGGGGCUGCAACUCCACGUGUUAUGACACCAAAUUGCUGAGAACAAUCUACCUAACAAAAAAAAUGGAAAUUGAAGAUUAUGAAACGAACUCGGGCGGCACAGAACUGGGGAAACGGUUUAGCGCACAUUCGUGCCUCGUCUUCGACGAACUGAGAAGAUUUGGUCAGCUAUGCGACGCCGUGAUAAAAGUAGAGCACCAGGAAUUUCCCAUCCACAGAGCGAUCAUGUCGGCUAGCAGUCCCUACUUCCGGGCAUUGUUCACUAACGCGUUGGACGUCGUGGAAAGGCGGGAGGUGGAGAUUCCCGGAGUCACAGCCGACAUAAUGCAGAUCAUCAUUGACUAUGCUUACACACGCCGUGCUACCAUUGACGAGAACAAUGUCGAAUGUCUGCUUCCGGCGGCCGACCAGUUUCUAGUUCACGGCCUUGUGAAGCGCUGCUGUGAUUUCCUUGCCGGGCAACUAGAGGCAGGAAACUGCAUUGGCAUCCAUAACUUCGCCCGCUAUUAUUUCUGUCCUUCCUUAGAAAGAAUUUCCUACCGCUAUUUGAUGCAUAACUUUAGUGAAGUUUUCGCCAUAAGUAACGAAUACAUCGACCUCUGUGUAGAAGAUGUGUGUGAAAUAUUGUCCUCGGAUGACCUUAAUGUAAAAAAUGAGGAAAUGGCGUUCAUGGCGAUAUUAAGAUGGAUUGAUUAUGAUCCUACAAACCGGAGGUGCCAUAUAACUGACCUGCUUCGGACCGUCCGUUUAGGAUUGCUCUCCACCCAAUAUUUUGUAGAGAAGGUCAAAUCGCAUCCAUACGUGAAGGAGAAUGACCAGUGCAAACCUCUUGUCAUCGAGACGCUUAAGUUCCUGUAUGAUCUGGACAUGGAUGAGGACAAGGACCUCGAUAUUACCAAUCCACUAGCUCGUCCCCGUGUGCCACACGAGGUGAUGUUUGUCGUUGGGGGAUGGAGUGGUGGAUCACCGACAAAUGUCGUGGAAACCUACGACAUGCGAGCCGAUAAGUGGAUCGUAUGCGACACCGGCGAUGAAGGGCCUCGUGCAUACCACGGAACAGUUACAAUAGACAAGAAAAUCUACGUCGCCGGGGGGUUCGACGGCGUGGAGUACUUCAACAGUGUGCGAUGUUUCGAUCCAGUCACAAAAACCUGGUCAGAGGCAGCACCAAUGAACGCCAAGAGGUGCUAUGUGAGUACAGCUGUACUGAGGGGCUGUAUAUACGCCAUGGGUGGGUAUGACGGUCACGUGAGACUGAACACAGCGGAGCAAUACUUCCCCGAUCGGAACCAGUGGACCGUUGUUGCACCAAUGAACCACCAACGUAGUGACGCCAGCGCCACCACUCUCCACGAUAAGGUCUACAUCUGCGGCGGGUUUAACGGACAGGAGUGUUUGAACUCCUCGGAAUAUUACGAUCCCGCCACGAAUCAGUGGACUUGUUUUGCACCUAUGCGGAAUAGGCGAAGUGGUGUGGGCGUGAUCGGCUACGGCGACCAAAUCUACGCCCUGGGCGGUUUUAAUGGCGCUGCCCGGAUGAACACGGGGGAGAGAUACAACCCCCAUACAGACAGCUGGCAGACAAUACCGAUGAUGUAUAAUCCGCGUAGUAACUUCGGUAUAGAGGUGAUCGAUGAGAUGAUUUUUGCUAUCGGAGGAUUCAACGGCGUCACAACCAUAUUUAACGUGGAGUGUUUCGACAGAAAUUCUGAAGAAUGGUUUGACGCAACAGAUAUGAACAUUUAUAGGAGUGCUCUCAGCGCAUGCGUCAUCAACGGACUUCCGAAUGUUCAUGAUUACACCCACAACGAAACGAAAUCAAACAAGGAAACAAGAAAAGAUAACGAAUAAUGUAAAACACUGAGAUUUAUCAUACAAAUCCUGUAUGAUAAACAAUCAUACAAAUCCUGUAUGAUAAACAAUCAUACAAAUCCUAUUACAUUAUUUGUAUUGAAAGUAUUUAUGAAUACAACUUUAGUUUUGUUUAAUCACUA